AUGGGUAAUGUUAGCAGCAGACCAGAUGAUGGCGCGCCGUUGUACUUGAGGGAUCAAACUCGCUUAACUAUAUCGUCCUUGUCCAUCACCCAUCAACGAAGGAAAACCCUCCUAAAUAUUGUUCCAAAUGGCUUUCCAGCAACGAGAGUCUCUGCGAUUCGCGACCUUGGAGAUAAUGCUGUGGUGGAAUAUGUUCAGGACCCUGAUACGCUUCCUGGAGCCGCUCCCAAUUUCCUCAUCAAGAUCAAUAAUGACGAGGAACUUACCUUUAAUUUCACAUUUAUCAUGCGACAACCUCAGGGAUUUUUGCCUGCGACGAAUGGCGCAAAAGAUGUGGUUGGCUUGGUGGAUUCCGUUAUCAAUGGCCUCACAUAUGUAUCAGCCUCUACAGCGCGAGAGGUCGAGAACCUGAUCACUCGAGAAUUCCAUGCCGAUCCAAAUCUACACAAGAAUGCCAAUGUACAAUUAGUUGGGGAUUACUCUACUGGAGGCAGUCAGUCGGUAUCGUUCGAAUGGUCCUGGAAAUGGAGACCCCCAAAGCCAACAGAGGAUCGCGGGGGUGGUUGGAGGAAUAAUUGCAGUUUUCUCGAAUAUGAUCAGCGAGCGCAUCGAUUGAACACUCUUGCCAGUUUCUCAUUCUGGGUUUCAAACCCGCAACCAUUGAGUAUGCCAGGUUCUCCUUCUCCGCCUUUUCAUCUCGUCCCUCCUCCUAAAUUGCGGCUCCCCUCUUCCCAGUCCCUCGAUUCCCGCAUGAGCGGGCAAGAGCUAUUGUACGAAGAUGCACCACCGUCGCCAAAUCCCCUUAACCUCGAUCUGGUCGUCCCUCAAAGCCUAAUGGCAGAUAUACCGAUCGUCGAUGUGUCUUGCCAACGCCCCGGCGAGGAUAUGAGUGCCACAGAAGAUGGGCCUUUAUUCAGGGCUACUAUGAAAGCCUUGGAACAAAAAACUGGAAAUAUGCGCGCACGGAUGAAGAAGGUUCUCAGAAAGGCAGAGGCGGCACAGAGUGCCCAGAAAGAAUGCAACGAUGCUAUUGGGGGCUUUAUGGAAGCGCUUCGAGAAGCCUCCACAUCUAAUGCGAACGCAGUUCAGCCCGCUUUGGAUCAUUACUUCGAUAAAAUUGCGCGGGAGAUUUUACAAUAUGAGAAGCAGAACGCUACUAAUCUGGAGAAGGUCAUUAUAGAUCCGCUUUCAAAAUUAUACAAUUACGAUAUUAAGCAAGCUGAGUCGAAGAAACGAGACUUUGAGGAAGAAAGUAAAGAUUAUUAUGCAUAUGUAUCUAAGUAUUUGGGGCAACGUCAAGACUCACUGAAGCAGAAAAAGCGGGUUGAAAGCGAUACCAAAUACCAAACGAAACGCCGCAAUUUCGAACUGAAGCGAUUCGACUAUUCUUCAUUUAUGCAGGAUUUACACGGGGGGCGAAAAGAGCAAGAAGUGUUGUCACACUUGACCAAAUAUGCAGAUGCUCAAACAAGGAGUUACCUGGCGGCGGCAAAUAAAGUGGAACAAAUGCUGCCACAGCUGGAAGCAUUGAGCGCAGAAGUGCAGGAUGCGGAUAAAGAAUUCCAAUACCAGAGGACUGAACGUGAGGAAAAGCGACGUAAUCUCGAAAAGAGUACUGUUACAUACGUGGAACCUGAGACAAUCCCAGCGGUCCCGGUUGAAGCAAUCGCACCUGGAACUUCAAACUCGGGUAAUGGUGCAUAUACUUCGGAUUCUGAGCUCAAUAGAUCAGAUAGCACAGGGCAUCAACUGAGACCAGUACCAACAAAUAGUACAACUGCCACAAUCAAUAAUGGAGGUAUGUCUGAGUUUACCAGGUCUCCCGGAAGCCUCUCGUCUGUGGCUGGAGGGCAAGUGGGAAGCCCCGGUACAAACCCUCGGUUUCGUGGCAUUCGGGACCUUGAAGAAAAAGAUCACAGCCAAAUCACGGCAAGUGAGAAGUUGGGUACGCAACGUAAGGAAGGUCUUCUCUGGGCUUUGAGUAGGCCUGGAAGCCAUGUUGAUCCACGGGGCUUGAACAAGCAAGCUUGGCAUAAAUUUUGGAUUGUACUUGAUGCUGGUAAACUCUCCGAGUAUAGUAAUUGGAAACAACGUCUAGACCUACAUAUGGAACCUAUAGACCUACGCAUGGCGUCUGUUCGUGAGGCUCGCGAUGCCGAGCGUCGUUUCUGUUUUGAGGUUAUUACACCUCAGUAUAAAAGAGUGUAUCAAGCAACCACAGAAGAUGACAUGAAAAACUGGAUAUCCGCCAUCAACAAUGCACUUCAAAGUGCAGUAGAAGGUAGGGGCAUGAAAGAUUAUCCUGCUUUGGCACCACAACCCGAGUCUCAUUCGAUCAGAAGAGACAUCGGGUCAAUAUUGACAGGAAAGAGUUCUUCGAUGAACUAUGGGCAUUCGUCAAACCAUAGUAGUGCUUCGAACACGAAUAAUGUGUUUAGAAGAACCACCGUCGGUGCCAGACCUGCGUAUGGCCGUUCGACCAGUAGUAGCUUUGAUGAAAGUCCAGAUAAAUUACUCCAGCUUCUACGAGAAACGGACCAAGGAAACUGCUGGUGUGCAGAUUGUGGGUCUGGAAUUAAAACAGAGUGGGUCUCAAUCAACCUUGCCAUCAUACUUUGCAUCGAAUGUAGCGGUAUUCAUCGUUCACUUGGGACACAUAUCAGCAAAGUUCGCUCCUUGACUCUCGACAUCAAUUCCUUCACCACGGAUAUUGUCGAGUUGCUAUUAUUGGUCGGCAAUCGUGUUUCCAAUAUGGUCUGGGAGGCUAGACUUGAUCUGGCUGUAAAACCUCCGCCACAAGCUACACGCGAGCAGAGGUUGAGAUUCAUCACAGCUAAAUAUGUUGACCGGGCUUUUGUGGAACCAUUAUCAUCCACCCUUUCAAGAUAUGCCACGGCGGACGAAACGCUCCUUGCAGCUAUUAAGAAGAAUGAUGUCCAGCAAGUGAUCUAUGCUUUGGCACUCAAGGCAAACCCUAAUGUCACGGAUAAGUCUCGCGGGACGCAUUCGGUAUUCUUGGCUCUCGCUGCUGCUGAUCCGGCAUCCCCAGCACAAGUUACAUCACCCACUAGAGCUGAGCCGCCUGUAAAGAUUGUGCCCUUCCCCAUUGCGGAAAUGCUCGUACAGCACGGGGCUGAGAUCCCAACAACAUUACCUGCAUUCCCUUUGAGUAGAAGCGCAACGCUGUAUAUAGAGCAAAAGACACAGCGAGGAGGAAGCACUAGCGAUACUUUGGGGGCUUUGCCAGCCACCGUAACCUCACAAGAUAAGCUCAAGGAGCGAGAAGCUAGAUUGCAGAAACGUGUCAGUGCUGGUGGGCGACUAGCUAAAACGCCUAUUCAGGAACGCUCAUGA